AAGAUGUCAUCUGCUGUUGUGUUGUGUGGUACUGACAAUGUUUUAUGUCAAAAGUAAAUAGUCAUUUCCGUAUCGUAAACUAUGUGAUUACUGAAGCAGUUUAUCAGAGGGAAAGCAUGUCCUCCCCUGCAAGAGGAAAAGGAACUUUCACACGCCUGGAAAGAACUAUAAACGUAUAACGUUUAGUAAUGGCUGGAUUUUUUAUGAAAAUCACUGCAUAAAGAAAUGGCAAAGAAAAGUGUCGAAGUCCAGGUUUUUGAUAGUGAUUUUGCACUUCUACUUCGUGAGUCCGUCACUUAUGAGAUCAAAAUGGAAUCCCGCCCCAAAAGUAAAUUUCGCACCUUUGUAUUUGUAUGUAUCUUAUUGGCGGUGACAGGUAUUGUUUAUUUUGGGUACUUCUGUCCAGAUCAAGUUUGCGCACUCUCGUCACGAGAAACCGCAUGGUCGGAGUGGACGUUUCGCACACCUAUUCAAGAUAAUUUAGGAAAACCUUUGCAAACUCAUUCAGAACCACUGAGUUCGAAAUUAUCAAAUCCAGGCCUAAGUUACGAUGAUGUUCUUAAUGAAAAUUUCCAGUUUGAUAUGAAAGCUCAUGACGUUAUGGUCUUUCUGCACAUUCAAAAGACAGGAGGUACGUCAUUUGGAAGGCACUUGGUGAGAGACUUGGAUUUGGAGAGGCCAUGCACAUGUCAAAGGAAAAGGAAACGCUGUUAUUGUUUUCGCCCAAACCGCAAGGAAAUUUGGUUAUUUAGUAGAUACUCCACGGGAUGGAAAUGUGGCCUUCACGCAGACUGGACAGAAUUAACUAGUUGUGUGGAUUCAGAACUUGACAAAAAUGAAGGUGAUAAAGUCAAAAGACGGUAUUUUUACAUCACGUUGUUGAGAGAACCAAUUAGUCGAUACCUUUCUGAAUUUCGUCAUGUACAGCGGGGAGCCACAUGGCGAAACUCAAGGCACUGGUGUGGUGGUCAUGUAGCUACUCGAGAAGAGCUGCCUUUGUGCUACAAAGGCGAUAGCUGGAAAGGGGUGACAUUGGAUCAGUUUGCAGCAUGUCCUUACAACCUUGCAGCAAAUAGACAAACACGCAUGCUUGCUGACUUGGCUUUGGUGGGUUGCUACAAUAUGAGUUAUAUGUCUCCAGUUGAACGUGAUCGUGUAAUGUUGGCAAGUGCAAAGAAGAAUCUAGCAUCUAUGGCUUUUUUUGGAUUAACUGAAUAUCAAAAGAUUGCACAAUAUGUAUUUGAAGAAACUUUUAACUUGAGGUUUGCUGUUCCAUUUGAACAACACAAUGCUACAGUGUCAAGUGUCACUCUCUCAAUGAUCAGACAAGAUCAGUUAGAAACUAUCAGACGUCUAAAUGAUCUGGAUUUAGAGCUAUAUUCCUUUGCGAAAGCUCUUAUGUUUCAGCGCUUUGAUCGCUUAAAGUCAAAGGAUCCACUAUUUAAAGAGCGAUUUGCACAUUUGGGUGAACUGCCUGGGAGACAGAGUGAUAGCUUUGAUUGGGAUCAGGUCAUUUAUGACGACAAUAACAUAACACAAAAGUAGUGGUGUAGACUUGAUGACACUUACUUUUAUAUUUUGCAUUAUCAUCAAUGCACAUAAUUAUUUUCUAUUCAUGUCACGAUGAUGACAUGAAAUCUUAAAGUGUUAGAUGCAGUGCAUUUUUAAUACUAAUAACAGCUGAUAUAGACAGCUAAUUGUGACAGUUCUGUAAAUAUGUAUUGUGUUUUUGUACUUAAUGUACUGUUGUUAAUAGCUAAUGUACAGCUAAGAAGAGUUAAUUUCACAUACCAUAGUUGUAUAUACUUGUAAAUUUCCCCAGUAUAAACCAUGUCACAUCUGCUGCAGCUGAUGCUAUUAUCACUUCCAGUUUUAUAUGUGGUGAAUCAGUUUUGAUGUGCCUUUCAUCUUUAUUAUAUAUUAUGUUACAAAACCUUUGAGAAUUAUGUACGCACAUCUUAUUGAAGUAUUUAUUAUAGAUUUGUUGUUGAGUUGCAUUUGAGACUAAUUAAUAUUAUACAUCAGCUGCAAAAACUCUAAAGAAAUAGAAUUGUGUAAGAAUUUAGGGUGCAGACUCACAAAGAAUACUUUAUUUAUGAGGCUGUGUAGUUAAAUAAAACACACACACACACACACACACACACACACACACACACAUACACACAAACAAACAAACAAACAAAAUCACACACAAUUAGUGUGUAUAUAGCAUUAGAUAUGAAAUAACCAUUUGAAAUUUCCAUUGAAGUAACACAGAUAAUAACAGGCCACAUUAACCCUUGACCUUAUGGAAACAGACUGUGAUUCUUUAUGACAUGAUGAGUUAAAGAUUGACAUGGUUAACAAGUGUACAGAUUUGUGGGUACUAGAGGUGUAACAGGCAUAAAGAGGUCAAAUUGAUUUUUCUACUAAGCUAAGGCUAAUAAAGUUAGUAACCUGCUGUAGGGGAGUGAUUAUCAGAGCAGGAGGAGUCAUUAUUGUUCAAAUCGGAGGUGUUUCCAGCGAAGACAGGAAACAAAAGGACUUCAGAACAAAGAAAAACGCCAAACAGAAAGCAGAGAAUAGGUAUUCUGUGAUAUUGUAGAACAAGUUAAUACACAGUAGAAUUGAGGAUUUACACACCUGCUAAACAUUGACAGGGUUCCUGUGCAAAAACCCUGCAUCAGUACUUGUGGAUGAUGGUUUCAAAUGGUGUGUUUUGUUGAGAAAUCUUAUGGAUGGGUGUAAUGAAAUAAUUUUUCUGACAUGAUUGAUUGAUAGUAUGUUUUGGGUUUUGCAGAUGAGUUGACAAUUCCAUUCUUUUUGUAGAGUGUUUGACCCUCACCUGACUCGUACUGCAAGUAAUGUUUCUGCCACUGCUCAGUACCUGAAAUCCAAUCAUACUGUAAGGGACAGCAGGGAAUGUGUGCACUUCCUUUUCUGCACCUGUCCCACUGUUCCAUGAAAUGUUCAUUCACUCAAUGUUUUCUUUUUUGAAGAUGAGAGCAUAUAAAUUGAGUGCCAGGUUCCAAGAGUUGCUUAGAUUGAAACAUCUUUGUUUCAAAAGACCCCUGCUGUCCACAGUAUGACUGGAGUUCAGGUAGUGAGCAGAUGCAAACAGGGUGCAGUGUGCAAAAAGGGAAAUUGUCAGCUCAGUUUAAGCCCAAACACAAAUCUUCAGAAUAUGUUUUGGCUAUGUUUCCUCAUACCAUAAAUUAUUUGUUCUUAACUGUGUCUGAUGCAUGUAUUUGUUUAGGCAAAUAGUGCCAUUUUUGUGAAGGUACAAAUGAUGCCUUUGUCUUGAUCUCAAAUGAUUUUGCACUGCAACAAAUUUUCAAAAGAAAAUGAAACUGUCAUGGAAAUCUUAUGGUUUAACAUUCACAAGAAGACAUCACAAAAAUAUUAACAUAUUUGGCUGUGACUCCCAAGUGAUUUAAUAUUGUUUAUGUGCAUAAUAUCUCAACAUGGUAGUGUUUAUCUUGAUUCAUUUCAUUCUUAGAAUCGUUUUUGACAUUUGUCUAGUAAAGAACAACACAGUCUGUGUAAUACAUAUCACCAUAUGUUUUCAGAUUAACUUCAUAUGCAUCUCAAAUUGUAUCUGUAUUGUGUACAAAUUUCAUUAUAUUACUGCAUACUAAUAGAAUUAAUCAGUUUUUCCUCAAAGAAUAUUUUGAGGGUCUGUUCUAAAAUGAAUAUUUCUUGCUUGUUCAGAACUUGUAACAGUUUGUAUUUGUGAUAACAGCUAUGUAUUUUUUUACACAGUUGUACAAUCCAUUGCUUCCAUUGGAUAAUACCAUCUCUCUGAAAAACUGUUUCAGUUUUGAGUGCCAUUUACAUAUUGUGGAACAUAUUUUAUGAUGGCAUUACUUGUUAAAUUGUGUCCUGAUGUUAUAUUCAGAAUGACUUGUUAAUAUAAUUCUACAUUUCUGUUAAGUUUAAGCAUUUUUCUUUAUCUUUAGUCAUUCUUAUGCAAAAAUUUUUGAAACAUGGUUUUCAAGCAAAUGAUUUUUUGCUCAGGUAUUUAAUGAAUACAUGUUAGUGACAAUGUGUGUAGGAAGAUGCUGAAUCAGUGUUAGUUUUGCUUGUACAGUGCAUAUGAAGUUGUCUUACGAGAUUACCUCCUAUGGAGAGAAUGUACUUGAAUUUAUUGUAUUCUAAACUUGGUAGGUGUUUUUUUAGUGAGGCACCUGGUACAAAUAACUGCAGAUACUGAAACAGUCACACACUGUCAUUACUUCUGUACUCCCUUAAUAUUUGUUAUCUGUUAGACUUUAGUAUUAUUUGAACCUAUGACUGAAAGCAAUUCAGCGAUAACUUUUUUUAGUUGUCACUUGUGUGUUUCUGAAAAUAUUUUCAAGUAGCAUCUUGUUAUCUGUGGGACUUUGACUACUGCUGUUGUCUUCCAUCACAUGAGUGUAGUGAAUUGGUGCUGGAAGUCACAAUAGCCUACAUGGUGUUGCAUAUGAAUUCUACUUUUAUUCUCUAUUCUGUUCACAUAGUGUAUGGUAACAUUUUUGAUUGCAGAGAGAGAGUAUCUCUUAUUUUAUAUUGUAAUAUAAAAGUCUCUGAUCCCCAUAAAUGAAAUUUUUGUGUGCUUUCAAAAGUAGGACUGGCUAGAAAUGGACCUGCUGUGUAUCAUCUUAAUUUGUAUAUGUACCGUGGCAAACAUCUGGAGGUACUUGUUUCACUGCAAUGUGAUUUAUAGUUCUAUUACUGCCACCACAAUUUUUUUCAUGUUACAGAGAUGGUUCCAGUGAACUGUUAAAGUGUGGAAAGUAUUGAAAAGAUAAGCCUGCAGUUAUGCUAGCAAUAAAUUUUACGGCAUUAUAAUUGUGAAUGAGAAUCGCUAACAGUCCAAACUUUUAAUCAGUCCUCUCUCAGGUUUCAUCAUAUGACUGCUUGCUGACAAAAAUGAUUUUACAUAGGCAUACAAAUAAUGCCUCAUGAGGUUGUUGAGUGUUUUUAGUAUAAUGUAUAAUACCCAAAAAUUGGAAAGAUUGUAAUGCCUUGAAAUCAUAUGUUCAGACGUUGAAAACUAAAAUGUCUAUCUCAUUUUUUCGAGCUUAUAGUUUGGAGGGAAUGAUCAUACAUUAAGACAUUCUGUUGAUGUUAGUAUUUGGAAUUCAUUUUACAGAUUCUGGUGAGGUUACAUUUUUUAGCGUGGGAUGCAGUAAUCCGCUGUCUUAAUGUUCAGUAUACUAUUUUGGAUGGAAUGUGUGUUCAGCAUCCCCAACUAAUAAUCAUUUAUUCCUGAAGAAUUUACCACAUUAGUUUUUCAGAAGAAAAAUAGAUCUGUAUCCUAUAUUAGUAAUAUUUUGUCAUGUUAAUACUAUUUACCAACUUGCCAUGAUUUGGGUCACUUUGCUAUGAAAGCGUGUACAAUGACAUUUGCUGCAUUGUUUGUAAGAUCAGUAUAGAUUCUGAUCAUGUUAGAAAUUAAUGUCCUUAUUAAAAACCAACAAGUGUGGACAGUGGAGAAGAAUGAUAGUGAGGAAGUAUUAGGUGUAAGUUAAAAGGAAAUAAUGUAUUAGUAGAUUUGUUUGUGGAAAGGACUGUCCUCUUUAUCAGUCUAGGAUUUUAUCAUUAAAGAAAACUAGACUGGUUAAAUGAGUACCAUCGGACUGAGUUAAGUGCUUUGUCUGACAAAAUUUUUAGUAACAACUUGUAAAACUACUUUAGAUGCUGGAAGUAGUGGUAGGGAAACGAGUGGAUAAAGUGAAGAUUAAGAGAUUAAAUCAUCUGAAGAAGAUAUGAGCUAAGCCAGGUAGACAGAAAAGUUGUAAAAAUUUGUUGCUGGCUGAGACACUAUUCAGAGGCUAGAGAUAAUUAAUGUUUGAGUAAAGAAAAGAUGAAAUGCUAUCAGUUAUGAGGCAAUAUCAGAAUCAUUUGUGAAGUUAAUUUCACCAUAGACAAUGAAAGUGUUUUACUAUGCGCCUGCUUCUAGGGUGCAGUGAAAUUUGCUUCUCAUAGUAGGGCAUUGUCUAUAUUGGGCACUACUGACAGGUUAAGGCUGAAUGCUUAAGGGGGAUUAAACUAGAUUUCUGCCUUUCAAAAACAGUUGUUCUUUCAAUUGAAUAAUGCAACCACACCACAAAGAACAACGUACUGCUUCAAUCUGUGAUUUCCUUUUAUUUUCAUUCCAUUAUUUUCACUGAGUGAAGUGGCACAGUAGGGAGACACUGGCCUUGAAUUUGGAAAAGGUGCCCAGGCAUCCAGAUCUGUGUUUCACCAUAUAGCGGAGACGCUGAGUUGCAGAUAGGCACAAUAAAAAGACUGCCACAAAAUGAGCUUUCGGCCAAUAAGGCCUUUGUCGAAAAUACACACACACACACACACACACACACA